AUGGCGCUUCCUAUCAAGUUUACUGAGGUUGCUCUGUUGACCAACUUAGAGAUAGCGCAACAGUCAAUAUCCUUCAACUCUUGUACAUUAGAAUCGGAUCACUUUGUUUGCGUACGACAAAAACUUAAUGAACAAGACAAGCCUCAAGUCAUAAUUGUAAAUCUCAAGAACAACAAUGAAGUCAUCAAACGCGCUAUCAGCGCUGACAGUGCCAUCAUGCAUUUCUCCCGCGAGAUUCUGGCCCUCAAAGCCCAGGGCCGAACGAUUCAAGUUUUCGAUCUCGGCGCGAAGGCAAAGCUGAAGUCUACAAUCAUGAACGAGGACGUCGUCUUCUGGAAAUGGUACAGCGAGAGUAGCUUGGGCUUGGUCACUGACACCUCGGUUUACCACUGGGAUAUUUUUGACCCUACCCAGAACGCUCCCGUCAAGCUAUUCGAAAGAAAUGCCAACCUCAACGGGUGCCAGAUUAUCAACUAUCGUGUCAGUGAUGAUGAGCAGUGGAUGGUGAUUGUGGGUAUCUCCCAAAGAGAAGGAAGAGUCGCAGGCACAAUGCAGCUUUAUUCACGAAACCGUGGCAUUUCUCAACACAUUGAGGGUCAUGCCGCAGCUUUCGGUACCUUCCACGCUGAAGGCAACCCGCUUCCACACAAGCUCUUCACCUUCGCUGUCCGCAACGCUGCUGGCCAGGGUAAGUUGCACGUGGUUGAAAUUGAUCCCAGCGAGAGCAAUACCCGUUUCAACAAGAGAGCGGUUGAUGUCUACUUCCCUGAUGAGGCUGUGAACGACUUCCCAGUCGCCAUGCAGGUAUCCAAGAAGUACAGCAUCAUUUACAUGAUUACAAAGUAUGGGUUCAUUCACCUUUACGACUUGGAAACUGCCACAUGCAUCUUCAUGAACCGAAUCUCAAGCGAGACCAUCUUCGUCACCUGCCCGGACUCCGAGUCCGCCGGUAUCGUUGGAAUCAACCGAAAAGGCCAAGUCUUAUCUGUGAGUGUCGACGAGAAUACCAUUAUCCCAUAUCUCUUGCAGAAUCCGGCAAACUCCGCUCUGGCUGUGAAGUUGGCUUCGAGGGCCGGACUUCCUGGAGCGGAUAACUUGUACCAACAGCAGUUUGAGACCUUGUUCUCUCAAGGUAGCUAUGCUGAGGCGGCGCAAAUUGCUGCGGAUUCUCCACGAGGCUUCCUGAGAACCGCCGAAACGAUCAAUCGGUUCAAGAACGUCCCUCAGCAGCCGGGACAGCUAUCGGUCAUCUUGCAAUAUUUCGGCAAAUUGCUUGACAAGGGCAAGCUCAACAAGUACGAAAGUGUCGAGUUGAUCAAGCCUGUCCUGGCUCAGAACCGUAAAAAUUUGCUUGACAAGUGGAUGAGCGAAGGCAAAUUGGAAUCGUCAGAAGAGUUGGGUGAUAUUGUUCGACUACACGAUUUGGAACUGGCUCUGAAGAUCUACCGAGAGUCCAAUGUUCCCCCCAAGGUUGUGGCAGCCCUUGCUGAAACCGGCCGUUUCGAAGAGAUCUUGCCAUACUCCCGCGAAACAGGGUACCAGCCAGACUUCACCAGCUUGCUCCAACACAUUGUUCGAGCAAACCCUGAGAAGGGUGCUGAAUUUGCCACUCAGUUGGCUAACAACGAAGGGGGCCCCUUGGUUGACAUUGACAGAGUUGUUGAUGUCUUCAUGUCGCAGAAUAUGAUUCAGCAAGCGACUGCUUUUCUUCUCGAUGCUCUGAAAGAUAAUCGUCCCGAGCAAGGUCACCUUCAGACGCGCCUUUUGGAAAUGAACCUGCUCAACGCCCCGCAAGUCGCAGAUGCCAUUCUCGGCAACGAGAUGUUUUCGUACUACGACAAGACUAGAAUUUCUCGACUCUGUGAACAGGCCGGCCUGCUUCAACGUGCUCUUGAGAACACAGAUGACACGGAAUCGAUCAAGCGCAUCAUUGUCCAGACUGACAAGCUCAACCCUGAGUGGCUCCAGCAGUACUUUGGCCGCAUGAGUGUUGAACAAUCCCUCGAUUGCAUGGAUGAAAUGCUUAAGGUCAACAUCCGCCAAAAUCUAGCAGCCGUGGUUCAGCUAGCCACUAAAUACUCCGACCUUCUGGGUUCGAGCAGGCUUAUCUCUUUGUUCGAAAAGCACCGCACUGCUGAAGGUCUUUACUAUUACCUUGGAAGCAUUGUCAAUCUCAGCGAAGACGGUGAAGUUGUCUUCAAAUACCUUGAGGCUGCUGUCGCCAUGCAACAAUUCCAAGAAGUCGAGAGAAUCUGCCGAGAAAACAACCAUUACAAUCCUGAGAAGGUCAAGAACUUCCUGAUCGAGGCACGACUGGCGGAACAACUUCCUUUGAUCAUCGUCUGUGACCGAUUCAAUUUUGUGAAGGAUUUGAUCAAUUACCUCUACCGCAACCAACAAUACAAGUCUAUCGAGGUGUACGUCCAGCGUGUGAACCCAGCCCGUACGCCGGCUGUGGUCGGUGCACUACUCGCCCUGGAUUGUGAAGAGUCUGUCAUCAAGAACUUGUUGUCCUCCGUGGACGCAUCUGCUGUGCCGAUGGAUGAGCUGGUUGCUGAAGUUGAGUCCCAGAAUCGACUCAAAAUUCUGUUACCAUUCCUUGAGUCAACUUUGGCACAGGGAAAUCAACAACCUGCAGUCUACAAUGCUUUGGCCAAGAUCUACAUUGACAGCAACCAUGACCCGGAGAAAUUUCUGAAAGAGAAUGACUUCUAUGAUACGCUAACCGUCGGCAAAUAUUGUGAAAAGCGGGAUCCUAAUCUUGCCUACAUCGCAUACCGAAAGGGGCAGAAUGAUCUUGAGCUCAUCAAUAUCACAAACGAGAACUCCAUGUUCCGGGCUCAGGCUCGCUACCUGCUGGAACGAGCCGACCCAGAAAUUUGGGGAUUUGUCCUUGCUGAAAACAAUGUUCAUCGACGAUCUCUUGUUGACCAGGUCAUUGCGACAGCAGUGCCUGAGUCUAGUGAGCCCGACAAGGUUUCGGUCGCCGUCAAAGCGUUCUUGGAUGCAGAUCUUCCAGCCGAGCUCAUCGAACUGCUCGAGAAGAUCAUUUUAGAGCCAUCUCCGUUCAGUGAUAACAGCAGCUUGCAGAAUUUGCUCAUGCUUACGGCCGCCAAAGCAGAUAAGUCUCGCUUAAUGGAUUAUAUCCACCGCUUGUCCGAGUUCAAUACUGAAGAGAUUGCCAAUAUGUGCAUCCAGCAAGGCUUGUAUGAGGAGGCUCUUGAAAUCUACAAGAAAGUCAACGACCACACUUCUGCUGCAAAUGUGCUCGUUGAUCAUAUUGUCAGCAUUGAUCGUGCUCAAGAGUAUGCCGAGCAGGUUGACCUCCCCGAAGUCUGGAGCAAGGUCGCAAAGGCACAGCUCGAUGGCCUGCGAGUGAGCGAUGCUAUCGAGUCAUACAUCAAAGCCAAUGAUCCUAGCAACUACAACGAAGUCAUCGAGACCGCUACCCACGCUGGCAAAGACGAGGAUCUUAUCAAAUUUCUCAAGAUGGCGCGGAAGACUCAGCGAGAACCAGCGAUCGAUACCGCUCUGGCUUUCAGCUACGCUCGUCUUGAUCAAUUGCCCGAGCUUGAGGACUUCUUGCGUUCUACGAACGUUGCGGAUGUCGAAGCAUGCGGUGACAAGGCUUACGAAGAAGGCCUCUACGAGGCUGCCAAAAUUUUCUACACCAGCAUCUCCAACUGGUCGAAGCUGGCGACCACUCUUGUACACCUCGGCGAAUAUCAAAAUGCCGUCGACUGUGCUCGACGUGCUAAUAGCGUCAAAGUUUGGAAGCAGGUCAAUGAAGCUUGUGUGGCCAAGAAGGAAUUCCGCCUUGCCCAAAUCUGUGGCCUCAACCUCAUCGUCCAUGCAGAAGAGCUCCAGGACCUCGUCAAGCAAUAUGAGCGUGAAGGAUAUUUCGAGGAGCUCAUUUCGUUGUUGGAAGCUGGUCUUGGCUUAGAACGAGCACACAUGGGCAUGUUCACCGAGCUUGGGAUUGCUCUCUCCAAGUACCACCCUGAGCGGGUGAUGGAGCACCUCAAGCUCUUCUGGUCGCGCAUCAACAUCCCCAAGAUGAUUCGUGCUUGCGAAGAGGCACAUCUCUGGCCGGAGUUGAUCUUCCUUUACUGCCAUUACGACGAAUGGGACAACGCGGCGUUGGCCAUGAUGGAACGGGCCGCGGAUGCUUGGGAACAUCAUUCGUUCAAAGACAUCAUUGUCAAGGUGGCUAACUUGGAAAUCUACUAUCGGGCCCUGAACCACUACCUCCAGGAGCAGCCACUGUUGUUGACCGACUUGCUGCAAGCCCUGACGUCUCGCAUUGACGUCAAUCGGGUUGUGCGUAUGUUUGAAAAGUCGGAUAACAUCCCCAUUAUCAAACCAUUCCUGCUCAAUGUACAGGGUCAAAACAAGCGUGUUGUCAAUAACGCCAUCCACGAUCUCCUUAUCGAAGAGGAGGACUACAAGACUCUGAAGGACUCAGUGGAGAACUACGAUAAUUAUGAUGCGGUCGAGCUCGCUCAGCGUCUUGAAAAGCACGAACUCGUCUUCUUCCGACAAAUCGCGGCACAAAUUUACCGCAAGAACAAGAGAUGGGAGAAGUCGAUUGCACUCUCCAAGCAGGACAAGCUGUUCCGCGAUGCGAUCGAAACUGCCGCCAUCUCGGGCAAGCCAGAAGUGGUAGAAGACCUACUAAGAUACUUUGUCGACAUUGGCAGCCGCGAGUGCUACGUUGGCAUGCUCUAUGCUUGCUACGACUUAAUCCCAUACCAUGUAGUGAUGGAGAUUUCAUGGCGUCAUGGACUGAGCGACUUCACAAUGCCAUUCAUGAUCAGCUACAUGAGUCAGCAGGCGGCGACCAUCGAGCAACUUCGCAAGGACAACGAAGAACGAAAGUCGCGGGAAGUCAGUCAACAGAAGACCGAGGCCACUACACCAAUCAUUGGUAGCCGUUUGAUGUUGACACAAGGUCCAGCAAAUAUGGCACCACAACCCACAGGAUAUGCAGCUACCAACGGCAUUACACCCCAGCCCACCGGGUUUCCUCGGGCCUUCUAA